UUUUUAAAAAUCUACGUAUUUUUUACAGCUCAACAACAACAAAUUAUGAGAAUUAAAUUAGAUAACCGUAUACGUACGUUAAUCGAAAAUGGCAUUAUUAUGCGACAUCGUUCAAUGUUUGUUAUUAUUGGAGAGAAGGCUAGAGAUCAAGUAGCUACAUUAUAUCAAAUUAUGGUUAAAGCAAGUACUGCUCAACGUCCUACGGUCCUUUGGUGCUACAAAAACGAGUUGGAAUUUAAUUCACACAGGAAAAAGAAAAUUAAAGAAUUAAAAAAGAAGAAACAAGCUGGACUUGCUCAACCUAAAACGGACGAUUCCUUUGAACAAUUUAUUCUUUCAACUCACAUAAAUUAUUGCUAUUAUUCCGAAUCACAACGAAUUCUUGGAAAUACUUUUGGAAUGGCUGUUUUACAAGAUUUCGAAGCUCUAACUCCAAACUUGUUAGCUAGAACAAUCGAAACAGUUGAAGGUGGUGGUCUAAUUGUUUUACUUUUACAGAAUAUGCAUUCUUUGAAACAAUUAUACACUUUAACGAUGGAUGUCCACAAAAGAUAUCGAACAGAAUUGCAUUCAGAAAUUAUCCCAAGAUUCAAUGAACGUUUUACACUUUCACUUUCAACGUGUUCAAAUUGUUUUGUUAUUGAUGAUCAUUUAAAUGUUUUGCCGAUAUUCUCUAAUGUUUUGAAUAUUACACCUUUACAUUCUAAUCAGAAUGACAAAGCAUCCUCCAAACAGCAACACGAAUUACAACAAUUAAAGGCAUCUUUAAAUGAUUCAAAACCUAUUGGCCCCUUACUAGCAAAAUGUAAAACUUAUUGUCAAGCAAAAGUACUACUUCAAUUACUCGAUGUUUCAAUGGAAAAACAAACAAAUUUAAAUUCAAUUUGUUCAAUAACAGCCCCUAGAGGAAGAGGAAAAUCAACGGCUAUGGGUUUAGCUGUUGCCGGAACUAUAGGUUUAGGCUUUUCAAAUAUUUGUGUUACUAGUCCAACACCUGAAAAUCUGUCAACUUUUUUUGAAUUUGUUUUGAAAGGUUUUGAAGCUAUUGGAUAUCAGGAACACGCCGAUUUUGAAGUUAUAAAAUCUCUAGAUCCCUCAAUGGAUAAAUGUGUUGUUAAAAUUAAUGUUUUUAGAAGACAUCGGCAAACAAUACAGUAUAUUACCCCAACCGAUUUUGGUAAAUUAUUACAAGCUGAACUAAUUGUUAUUGAUGAAGCUGCAGCUAUUCCAAUGCCUUUAGUUAAAAAAUUAAUUAAUGGCUCCAGUUUACUCUUCCUAGCAUCAACCACAAGUGGUUAUGAAGGUUCUGGGAGAUCCUUAUCACUUAAAUUGCUUGAACAACUAAGAAAACAACAAAUUACCGGAGAUAAAGACGAAAAUAAAAAUAAAAAACGUCUUUUUGAAUUAAGUUUGGAUGAAAGUAUUAGAUACGGAAAUGGAGAUUCGGUAGAAGAAUGGCUUAAUAGAGUACUUUGUUUAAACCCUUCAAAUUUAAAGAAUACAAUUUCUGGAACACCGGCUCCGGAGAAAUGUGAAUUGUAUUAUGUUAACCGAGAUGCCCUUUUUUCUUUUCAUAAGGCUGCUGAAGUUUUUCUAUCCAAUUUAAUGUUUAUUUAUGUGGCUGCCCACUAUAAAAAUUCUCCAGACGAUUUGCAACUUCUUUCAGACGCUCCAGCACAUCAUCUAUUUGUUUUAAUGUCACCAAUUGCUUCUGAUCAGAAUUAUGUCCCUCAGAUUAUGGCUGUUAUUCAAAUUUGUUUGGAAGGAGCAAUUUCAAAACAAACUGUAAUUUCAAAACAAGGAAAAAAAGUUGCAGGGGAUUUAAUUCCUUGGACUAUUUGUCAACAAUUUUUGGACAGUGAAUUUUCUCUCUUAUAUGGUGCUCGUAUUGUUCGUUUAGCAGUUCAUCCAGAUUUUCAAGGAAUGGGUUAUGGAUCAGCAGCUAUUCGAAUGUUACAAAAAUAUUUUAGAGGAGAUUUUGGUCAAAUUCAAGAAAGUGAUAAGUUAAGCAAGAGAAGAGACGAUACUUUAGAUGAGGAUAUGGAAGGAAUUGAGGAAGAGGAUGAAAAAGAAGACGAAGAGGAGGAUGAAGAGGAAAAUAAUGAUGACAGUUUAACCCCUCGAACAAAUUUACCUCCACUUUUACAACGCUUAAAUGAAAGAAGACCAGAAAGUUUGGAUUAUAUUGGUGUUUCAUUUGGCCUAACAUUGCCUUUAUUAAAAUUUUGGAAGCGUUGUAAUUUUGUUCCUUUAUAUAUUAGACAAAGUAAAAAUGGAUUAACUGGAGAACAUAAUUGUAUUAUGAUUAAUACAAUUUUAAUAAAAAAUGGAGAAGAAAAAGGUAUAUUUGUUCUUCCUUAA